AUGAACACUGUACCGAACUUCGAGAUUGUCUCUCAGUCACUUUCGUCGAACAUUACACCGAGUCAUUUUACAAAUCAAUCAUCGACCGCCGCGAAUGUUGAACCAUCCAGGGAAGCCAAGGACGCCUCGUCUCUUUCUGACAUCGAACGGAUCACACGCCUCGCCCUGCUCGUAAACCUCACCCUAGCUAUAGCGAAUGCACUUGGAGGAUACCUGCUUGGCUCUCAAGCCCUCAUCGGCGACGCAGUCCACGCCCUCGCAGACCUGGCAGCCGAUCUGGUUGCUAUGAUCACAGCGAGCUACUCUACAAUCCCCAGACUGGAGAAGAGUGAAGCAAUUGGUGGACUCGCUGUGUCUGGAAUCGUCAUGUCCAGUGGCAUUGCCCUUGCCGUGCGAUCGCUGCUCUACACAUGUCGACAUUUCGAGCUAGAUGUCCUCGCUAGCUAUGUCAACUACCUCAUGAUCUUCAGUCAUGAUGCCCAUGGUAUGGCAGAUACUGGAUCGAACUUCGAAGUCAUUCUGUUGCCUCUGGUCAGCAUCAUGAUCAAAGAAUGGCUCUUCAGAGCUACUAUGGAGGUGGCUAAGAGGAACGAGAGUAUCAUGUUGGAGAGUCAUGCUUUACAUCAACGACUCGACGCAUUCACGGCGGUUGUUGCGCUUGUAGUCAACUCUGCAAGUUAUCUGGAUCCUCGUCUUGUCUGGCUAGAUGGCUUUGGCGGCCUCGCUAUUGGGAUUGCGAUCUUCAAGGCUGGUUGCGCGAAUGCUGUUGCUGCUUCGACGCAACUGCUUAGAUAG